AUUCAUCUGUUUGCUCUAUGGUUCAGCUCUGCCAGAAUAUCAUAUUGAUCUAAUUUUAGAGAGCUCCGGAGUUGCUUUGUUAGAGCCGUCAAGGUCCAUUCGGCGUUUCCUCAGGUUUCUUCAGAACCCAUGGCAAAGGCCAAUGGUUCCUACUUGCACUAAACGAGAGCCUUCCCGAGACAAUUGUGGAAAUCCUGAGAGCUCAUAUCAUAUGAUUGCACCAUUUUCUUAUGCUGUUUGUAAUGCUGGGUUUCUCGAUAGUGUUCGACUCAGUGAAAGCUCCGGGUCUAGGAUUAGGGGCACGAUACAUUUUCACCAUGGGAUUGGGCCGUCUUUUAAGAGCUAUAACCUUCGUAUCUACUAUCUUACCUUCAGCUAGACCUUGGUGCGCUUCAGCCCGAUUCAACAACGUCCCUUCUCAUCCUCAUCGUUGGGCUCAUAAGUAUUAUGUCCCUUAUGCUAAAGACCCUUCUUCUAUUCGCCAGCUCCUCCACUGGGAUGCAGCUUACGCUGAUCCUGGAAACUACAUUGGUGACUACAGAGCUGACUGGGGUCCAAUGAGCUUCCUCAGCAGCUUCUUGAGACCGAGUUACUCUGAAGGGUCUUCGUGGUUUGCUUUACUAAAGAAAGCGGGAGGUGGUUGUAAUGACCUCUUGUACAGCGGCCACAUGCUUGUAGCUGUCCUAACCGCUAUGGCUUGGACGGAGGCUUAUGGAGGUUUCUCUUCGGCGUUGAUAUGGUUGCUAGUGGCACACAGCACACAGCGCACAGAGGGAAAUGUUAGAGCAAGAUGA